CACAUGACUUGCCACAGGCUUCUAAAGCUGGAAAAACAAAUUACUAAACCGAAAGCAAAAUUAAGUAAAAGUGUAAGGUUAAAGUGUAGUCGAUAGUUUAAAAUAUAAAAAUGUCUCUUUAUCCUUCUUUAGAAGAUAUGAAAGUCGACCAACUGUCUAAGGCACAGAACUAUGUACAUCACCAACAACAAGCUUUAUCUGCGUCCCAAAACAAUGCAUCAGCACCACCACAGAAUUUUCAGGGAACAGCUAGCUCUGCACUUUAUCCGUCGUUAGAUGAUUUUAUGGGAUUAGAUCUAACUGCAAAUGCAGUUCUUCAACAUAUGCCUGAAUCCGGACAGCAAGUUAUUCAAUAUCAAAAGCCAUCUCAAAGCAUGGUAUCCCCAGUGACUGGUCAAAACAAUAUGGGUUUAAUGCGUGCUGAGAUCAGACAAGGUGUACGCCAAAUUAUUGCCUGUAAGAAUGAACAGUCAAGAGUUGGUAUACGUGUUCAACAUAUAAAUAAAGGCGUUUUUGUGUCAUUUGUUGAAAAUGGUUCGCCUGCUGCUAUGGCAGGGUUGCGAUUUGGAGAUCAAAUACUUCAGAUUAAUGGAGUAACAUUAGCAGGUUUUGAUCGUGAAAAGGUUAUGUCUCUAAUAAAAAAAGCUGAUCCUAAACAUAUAGAAUUUGCUAUACGUGAUCGGCCAUUUGAACGCAAUCUUACAUUACAAAAAGAUAGUUCUGGCCAUGUUGGUUUUGUGUUUAAAAAUGGAAAAAUAACAUCUAUUGUUAAAGAUUCUUCAGCUGCAAGAAAUGGCUUGUUGACUGAACACAAUCUCCUAGAAGUAAAUGGUCAAAAUGUUGUUGGGUUAAAGGAUAAAGAAAUAUCAGAGAUAAUGAGAUUGGCUGAUCGAAGCAUCACUGUCACUAUUAUGCCAUCUUUUAUAUUCGAGCAUAUGAUUAAAUGUAUGUCUGAUGGGCUAGUUAAAAAUAAAAUGGAUCACUCAAUCCCAGAUUUGUAAUGUUAAACAUUAAAGAGUAUGAUAUUGUCGUCUAAAAUCAAGUUAUCGGUCUUUAAAGGACCCCAAAGUAUAUUGUAAUUUAAUUUUUUCUUUAUAGAUUGUUUAUAUUU